AUGGCUACCCUUCGCUCCGUGUUCGUCCUCGCCUUGAUCCUCGUCUCCCUCCCCGCGCUCUACGCCGCGUCCGCGCCACUGCGGGGCGACGAUGCUGCUGCCAGUGGAAGCGCAGCCGUGGACGCGGCGGCGAGGUGGGGCCGCACGCUGCUGGAAGCGAGCAGCGGCUCCGCCGCAAGCGGCGCAGACGUGGACCACGUGGGUGGCGCAGAGGAGGAGGUGGCCGCGGACGGGCUGGACGAGGCGGUGCGGGCGGGAGGCAAGGCGAAGAAGGGCGGCGUGGAUGGUGUCAAGGGUGCGGCGAGCGCGCACAGCAGCGGCAAGGGCAGGAAGGGCGCAGCGGCGAAGAUCAACUGGAAGAAGAUCCAGGAGGAGGCGAGGAACGCCGUGGUGAGCAAGGCGGGAGGGCUGGCGCAGAAGGGCGACGUCGCUGCUGGGGGAAGCGCAGGCGUGGGCGCGGCGAGGCGGGGCCGCAAGCUGCUGGAAGCGAGCAGCGGCGCGGCUGCAAGCGGUGCUGACGCGGACCUGAACCAGCUGGACGUGCACGUGCGUGGCGAGGAGGAGGAGGACGGGCUGGACGAGGCGGUGCGGGUGCUGCUGAGCUGGAAGAAGAUCAAGAACGGGAUUAAGAACGCGGCGAGCAAGGCGGGAGGGGUGGCGAAGAAGGUGGUGCAGAAGGGCGGCGUGGACGCGCUCAAGGCGGCGGCCAAGGGGUUCAGCAACGGCGGCAUGAAGGGCGCGCUCAAGGCCGGCGGUACCUCGCUCGCUCGCACCGCGAAAACCAUGGCGUAG